GGUAAUGAUCGUUGUUAGCUGUCGCUCCUCCGUUUAACCAAAGGGAAUGUUAUAUUCCCUCCUUUUCUCAGGGGAGUUCACUGCCCUUAGUGCUUUAAGUCUCGCACUUCUUUCAUACUUUUGGAUUUCUAUUCCAUGGCUGUCUUGUCUAUGGAACCUGCAACUAGUAGAUGAGCUAGCUGGUUCAGCCUUCGGCCCAGAAAGAGGGAUUUUGCCUCUCUUCUAGUGUGUGUGUGCGUGUGUGUGUUUGUGUAUGGGUGGGGGUGGUUUGCGUGGGCGUGCUAGUGUGUGUGUGUGUGUGUGUGCCAAGAGGAGAGAAGACUGCCUUCCAGCGCAUGUGUGUGGGAGCAAUUUAGUAAAUCUUCAGCGUGUUCUGAAUAGUAAGAGAAUGGUAUGUGAACGGCGUCUUGGUAGAGUGUGUUGAUUUGAGUGCAUGGAUGUGUGUUUUCCACGGCGAGUGUGUGUAUUUCUUCCUCUCUGAGGAGUGCUAGGAGGGAAGGCAGCUCUCUCUCCCCCCUGGCCGGGUGUGCGUGGAGAUAAUGUGUGUGCGUGCUGCCCUGCCGGCCCUGCUCCUGAUCCUGAGCUGGGGCGUCUGUCUGACUGGGGGAUACCCCUUCAGACCCCCUGUGGACCUGGAUGUCAGCCCCCGGAUCACCGUCACAGCUAGCGGUGUCACAGGCUGUAGGCGUUUCCAGUCGUCAGUGGUGAACUACACUACUCUGCUGCUACAGGAGGAGCGGGGUCUUCUCUACGUGGGAGCCAGGGGGGCAGCCUUCGCCCUCAACGCCACAGACAUCUCGGACAGCACAGCUCGCACCAUUGAAUGGGAAGCCUCAGCGGAGCAGAAGCAGCAGUGUCAUAGCAAAGGGAAAGACAAUAAGACAGAAUGUUAUAAUCACAUCAGGUUUCUCCAGAGGUUCAACUCUAGUCAUCUGUACAUGUGUGGAACUUUUGCCUUCAGUCCUCUCUGUGCCUAUGUAGACGAGGAGCGGUUUAAAGUGUCUUCUGGGUUUGAGGAAGGCAGAGAGAAGUGUCCAUAUGGACCUACAACAGGAUACGCUGGCCUGAUCAUAGACCAGCAGAUGUACACAGCGUCCCAGUUUGAGUUCCGGGGCUCUCCGGAUAUCCGACGUAACUUCCCCUCUCCCACCGUGAGGACAGAGGAUGCCCCCACGCGCUGGUUACACGAAGCUGAGUUUGUGUCCAGUGCCCUGGUCAGAGAGAGUGAGGGCCGAGCUACAGGGGAUGAUGAUAAGAUCUACUAUUUCUUUACUGAGAAGAGCCAGGAGCAGACAUUAUACUAUAACCACAGGAGAGUGGCACGGGUCGGACGGGUCUGUAAGGGGGAUAGAGGAGGUCUACUGACCCUUCAGAAGAGGUGGACAUCGUUCCUGAAGGCUACAUUGGUGUGUUCCCUCCCGGAAUAUGACUUCCACUUUAACCUGUUGAGGAGUGUGUACACCUUGAAGGGACACACACCUGACUACACAGUCUUCUAUGGCAUCUUUGGUCUGGAUUGGAAGAACGUGAAGGCGUCUGCUGUGUGUCGUUUCUCUCUGCCUGAAGUCCAGCGGGUCUUUGACGGGCCCUACAUGGAAAACCAGGACCCUGGAGCCAAGUGGAGCGAGUACACUGGAAAGGUCCCAGACCCACGACCUGGAUCAUGUAUAACGGACAAGCUGAGGUCCAGAGGGAUCAACUUCUCCACUUCCCUGCCGGACGACGUGUUGAACUUUGUGAGGCGACACCCUUUGAUGUCCCAGCAGGUCACGCCUACAGACCAGCGCCCCCUGUUGUUUAGGAGGACCACCGACUACACCCAGCUGGCUGUUCACAGGGCAGAGGGCCUGGACGGGCACAAAUACGAUGUACUGUUUAUGGGCACAGAUGACGGCUGGCUCCACAGAGCUGUGGAGGUCAAGGGUAAUUUACACAUCAUAGAAGAGCUACAGCUGUUUGACCAACCGCAGCCCGUGGAGAGCAUUGCCAUCUCACAGACCCUGAUGAGUGUUUAUGUAGGUUCUGCCUCUGGUGUGGUCCAACUGCCUCUGUCCACAUGCAGCAGAUACAGCUCCUGUUAUGACUGCAUCUUCUCCCGGGACCCGUUCUGUGGCUGGGAUGGACAGGCCUGUGUGGAUCUCACAGCUCAGACUGACAGGUCUAACCUGACUCAGGACAUCCUGAAUGGGAACAGUGGAUGUGAAAAUGCCACAGCAGAUGAGCUGGUCCAGCACCGGAGCAGGUCUGUGAUGGUGGGAGAUGAUGUACUCCUCCAGUGUGAACUCAGCUCGAACCUGGCAACCCCAGUGUGGACCCUGGACAGGUUGGAGCUACAAGGCUACGGCCUUGACUCCGGCUUCAGAGUGGGCACCGAUGGCCUUCUCGUCAUCGAGUCCCAACCCGAGCAGAGCGGCGAGUACACCUGCCACGCCCUCGAGAAUGGAGUGCGGGUUGCCGUGGUGACGUACUCUGUGACGGUCCAAAGCAUGCCUCCCCCACAUAUCGGCCCUACCCAGGACGACUCUUCCAACCACAUCCCCUGGGACAAUGACUCCUACCAUCAACCCCCUCCAACGCCCAGCCCCCUCCCCUCCUCAGAGGGGCCCCUGUUACCUCCUCCCCCGGCCCCUCUCCCCACCACCUCAGAGCUGCUCUCCCCCAGGAAUAUGGAGGCCAUUUACCUGUCCUUGAUCACCUUCCUGGGGGGCGUGUGUCUGGUUCUCACCGUGGUCCUCCUCUACGUGAGCUUUUGUCUGCGCAGCGGCCAACAGGGGAAGUAUUCCCUCCGCGCCGCCGCCGCCGCCGCCAGACAAGUGGACAGGAAGAGGAAACACCGGAAGCAGAAACGCCACAGUAGCUCCGCCCACCUGGAGCUCAAGACAAUCUCCAGCCACUGUAACGGGACCUGCAACAGGAACGGCGUCCACAAACAGCUGGGGGGUGAGCACGAUGAGCACGAUGCCGGCUUCCUCCAGAUUGUUCCCGGGGAAGCCCUGUCGUCCCCAAACAAGGACCCGCCUCCCCCUGCCCCUCCUCUGCCCCCGCCAGUUCAGACCACGCGCAACCCCCUCCACCAAUCAGAGGGUGACUUGCAAGACUUCCCCAGCCCUAACGGCCUAUCGGCAACGUUGCCCAGUGUGCUGCGUAGGAUACAAGGCAACAGCUAUGUUUUGCUGAGACAGAGUGACGAAGACGGCAGCUCUCCUAUCUGCUACUCCUUCACCGAGGAACUCAACCGAAUUCUAGAGAAGAGGAAGCACACGCAACUGCUGCCCAAACCGGACGAGAGCUCUGUGUAGAAGAGGGAACAUCUCCCUCUUCCUGGAACGUAGUGCCCCCUAUGGCGGGAGGACUGAAUUGGGUCCAUUCAUACUAUGCCAUUUAGCUGACCCUUUUAACCAAUGCGACUCACCUCAUUAAGCGCGUACAUUUUUGCAUGGGUGGCCCCAGUCUCAAUCAAAACCAAGACCCUGUCAAUGCACGCUGAUGGGCCUGUUUUAAGGCUCGACUUUAUCUGCUGACACAGGAAAUCAUGGGGAGUGCCCUGAAAGACUGUCCCCAAACACAGUGCUGUUGGGAUCGUUCAUUGAUGACCAUGCUGCUCGUGGAUUAAGUGGAGGCUAGUCUGGACUGAAACCGGGACAAUUUGUCCUGUUUAGGUUUUUGGUCGAAUUAAGGGACACUCAUCUAGUGAAUCUCUUGCAAGGGCAUGGAAUAUCAAACAGAGAGAUAUCUGGACUAUUCAAACUUUCUAGGUGACAUUAAAUCUUCCUAGACGAUGUCUGUCCAUCGCUAUCCUCUGACUGACUCCCAAAGCAAUGAGUUACAGUAAGGAAUCACAUAAGACAAGCAUGGGUUUCCGCGGGAACUUCAGAUCAGCAGAACUCAGCCAGCUAGAUCUAACCCAGCCACAGUCAGUAUGUCUCAGUCUGGGUCAACACAGGCCCAGCCCCAGGCUUUAUAUCUCAGCCCCAGAUUCAGGCUUCUGCUGAGAAGGGACCUUGGAAGUCACAGCACAGAUCAUGGCAACAAGUGUUAAGUGUGAAAAUGACCCUAACUUGACUUUUCUUAUAAAACGUAGGCAGCCGUCCCAAUGGGCUGUACAUCUUUUCAGCAGGUUUUAAUAUUGAACACUUUGAGGAAAAAUGUAUUCGGUUUAAUUUGUAGAUGUUUGUCAAUUUUAUUAAUCUUGAUACCAUUGUAUUUCAAAGCGUUAUAACCCAAUUCAAGUAAUACAAUUAACAUACAAAAGGUAACUCUUAACCCAAGACAGAGUAAUCCAAGGGAAAAAAAAACUUGGAACAUUGUUUUUGUGCUAGGAAAUUUGACAUUACUGACAGUUUUGAUGCGAUUUGCUUCACCUUCCCUUUUUAAUAUUUACACACCAAUGGAUACUACAAACACAUCAGGACUAUGAGGCAUUGAUCUCCAACAGCAAAACACUCUCCAGUUCUUGCUUAAAUAAUAUCAACUUGGUUUAGUAACUUUACCAAAACUCCCAGGGCUGAGCUCUAUUUACAGCUCAGCCACUGAGGACAAGACCAGACCAUCACUUCCAGGUCAUCGUCGUAACAACCUAUACUCCUGAGGUCAGCAGACAGGGCUUGUUUUCUGAUGGUUGGUUAUACAGACUGAUGUAUGGAUGAACAGGCAAAACCACUGAUCUUUCAAGGAAGAUAAAGUGUGAGCUGAUUGGCAUUGGUUAUCCCUGUCAUCUUUUUGUGUUGUUUGGGAGGAGUACAGAGAGUAGAAAGAAUAGAGUUGAUAGAUUUCCUACCAAAGUAAAGUCAUAAUAGACACUGGAGGUACAGGAAAUUAAAAAAGAUGACUGUAUAAUGUACUCCAACACAUCUCUCUCCAUUUCUCUCUCUAUACCCUGCUCUCAUACUCUUUCUCCACACUUUCCGUCAUUUCCCAUUUUCACCAUUUAAUUUCUUCCUCCCUAUUUCUCUUUUCUCUGUCCUUGCUCUCCCUGAUAUGUUCUCCAUCCUCUAUUGUUUUCUUUUCCUGUCAUCUGAUCUCCAGAUUUUCUUCUCUGCAAAGUAACUAGUUGGAGCAGGUGGCCCUGGCAAGAGCUCCUGACUUUGUUUAUUAGUCUGUUGAAAGUUACAAAAGACAGAAAGAAAUGCAGAGAGAAAGGAAAUAGAUUAACAGCAGAAAUUUUCUUUUAUGAGAUUUAUUUUACACAAUCGCCAAAUUUUCUUCUUGUACCCUUAGACCCUGGAAACAGAAAUAAGCACAUAUAGCCACACACACGCAAAACACUGCAUGUAUGAUUGAAUCUAACAAGCCAGGGCAUGUGUGUUAUGUGAGACUGUGACAUAGGGUAGAGAAGCAGUGAAUUUAAUUCAGAAGGAUAUCUAAAAAGACUUUAUAGAUGAUUGAAAGAGAGGAAAGAGAGAAACUCAUGUAACAUAAACCGUUAGAGAAUUCUCCAUUAUUCAGCUAGUCUCUCAAUAUACCCUGGAGAAAUGAGACAUGGUGACAGUUAUUUAUUUUGGUAGGUUGGUUAUUAAACUUCCAAGGGCAACAUUGGAAAUCAGGUUUUUGGAUCUAGAAAUGAUGGGAGGAAAAACUAUGUCUUUCAACGUAAAAACACGUAUGCACACAGAACGCUCUGAUGCUAUCAAUAGCGCUGUGCUAGCUUUUAUCUGCUUUAGUUUUCUUACCUUUUUCCUCUCUUGGUUAUUUCUAUUUUUCUGACUACUGUUGACACAUCAAGACAACACCAAAAAAUGAACACAAAAUGGAGACCUCUGUUUCUGACUCACUUACAUGUCUCCCUCUUCCACAUGCUUGAGAGAUUCAGUCCAGUUUUGAGCCUGUCUCUUUACAUAUCAUCUUAUUACUUCACUUUCUGCCUGUAUAAAAUAUGGUGUGAGGAUUGGUACCAUAACAAUAAUACAGUAUCUUGCCAACCAGGAAUAGUUUCAAAAUGUCUGGACAUUUUCAAAGAAUCACCAGUUGUAAUCAAACAUUGUACCAGUGUCAUUGGUAGGCACAGGAAACAGUCAAGUCAUCCCUUAUCACUGCAUUGUGCCAACAAAGAAACCUUGUUUUAAUGGAUACCACAGUAAAUCAACCUGCACAUCAUGGCGUAUACAUGCCUCAGUGCAUUUCACCACAAUAAUUAUAUAGGGGAACAAAUUUGUCAAAAAUGACAUUAGAUGGUCCUGAUUUAUACCUCAAAUGAACCUGCCCUCUAUAGUCCUCUGCUGCGAAGAUGACAAACUGUCACGUAAUGGAGAGCUUGCUAAACAUGAUGGCUUCUCAUGCACAUACGGUAUCAAGGAUCAGACAAGGUUGCACCAUUCGUGCCACCAUAUUCUGUCAUGACGGAAAAACGAAAUAACAUAUUUACUGUAUAUUUUAAUGUUGUACUAUAUCUCAGUGUGGUUGUUCUGAAGUUCAUUUGUAAGAGGCAGUGAUGUGUCUCUCUGUCCAGUAGUGUUGCACCAGUAGUCUAAUAACACUGUAGAAGCGGUUCUCCGACUCUGGUCCUGGGGACCUAUGGCUGGUGCAGGAUUUGCUUCCUGCCUGGAACUCACACAGCUGAUCCAUCUUAUUAUGGUCCACAUUCUGACUGAAUACUAUGAUGAAUUAUCUGUGUUACAUAUGUAGGUAUGCUAGUAUGUAUGCUAGUAGGUAUGCUAGUAGGUAUGCUAGUAGCAAAACCCUUCAAAUCCAGUCACUCUCCAGGGCUGGAGAAGGAGACGUCUUGUAGAAGCAUGGUAAGUUAGCCAACAGCAUGAUGAACUGAAUACACCAAGAUAACAAUAAGGCGUAAUUUCCAUAAUAAGAAAAUGUGACAUAUAACCACGUCUGGCCCAUUAAUCUGGGAUUGCGUGUAUAAAGUUUCACACAGCUCAUUAAGCAUCAUCCACAGCCUACAUCAUUCUGUCUUCCUGUCGUUCAUUCUCUCUUUCUCUCUCUAUUGUGCUCUCUCUCACAAAGUCUCUAUGCUUCAUUCCCUAAUUAUCUCCACUGCUGCCUCUUUAGCAGUCUCUGUCCAUCACUCUCUCCCUCUCACCCAAUGUUUCUAUCCCUGUUUUCUGUCUCUAGUUACCUGUUUCAUCUCUCAUUUUCUCAUGAUCUAUAUAUUCACGCGUUCUCUCGCUGUCUUUUUGAGUAUUCCUUCCCUUCUCUCUGCCACUCUCUCUGUGUCACUUUCACCAUGCUCUCUCUUAACUCUCUCUUUCACUUCUCAUUCAUUGUCACAUAAGUAUUUUGUCCAUUGCAGACACAACAAGAUGUCUGCUUCAAUAGCACACUGAGGAGCAGCUCACUGACAUUGGCUUUGUUUACAUUUCAGUAUGAUUAGUUGGAAUUGAAAUAAAGAUUGUUUCAACCUUU